AUGAAAGAGGGACAACGACAAGCCCUCAUGGCCCUUAUGGAGUGGGCAAUAGUAACGUGCCACAAAUACUCAUUCAAUGGGAGGCAAUGGUGUGAGCCGGAGCUAAGCCUUAACCCAACACACGAAGCAGGAAUUGCUAGUAAUCGUGAAUCAGCACGCCACGGUGAAACUUCUCUUCGAGGAGCACUGACUGUCCAUCAGGCGGGGAAAGUGGCAUCGGCGAUUCCUGUUAAGUUGUAG